UGAAAAAAUAGUUUUAAAAAAUGUUUCUACUUUAACCAGAGUAUAACUUUUAGUUUUAAAACUUCAGUAAAAACCCUGUGUCCUUGAUGAGCUGAAUCAGGACAAGCUAUGAACCAGAUUUAUAUCACCAACUGUUCUGGAGAAAAUCCUGCGCGUUAACUUGACAAGUGAGAUCACCGUAAACUGGUUCUGGUUGGCGUCUUAUGACGCUAUUAUUUGGCGUUCUGAGAAGAAGAACGCCAACCAGUUUUCAGUGACAUCCUAUAAAAUUAGAAGUACACAAUAGGGUAUUUCUCCCCUCCACCCACCGCUCCUCCUCGCGCAUGCCCCCACCACCGCACUCUGUAUCCGUUUUUGUUCUUCUUAGUUUCGGGCAACACUUUAUUGAAAUUCCCUAUUGGGCCCUCAUUAAACUAAAGUUCAUGGCAUUCUGAUACUAAUAUAAUUUUGAGUUAAUCCAUCCCUUGAGUUGAAAAAUAUACCCCCAGAUUUUAUAUGUAGCCCUACAGCGGCUCAGAAACUUCUAAAGAUUAUUUCUGAAAAGACACUUAUAUUUUUGUGGGUUUCUCAAUGGUUUCUUAUGACUGAAGGUCCAGUAGAGACACACUGACUCUGACAGUCAAAAGAUUGCCUAAACAUUGCCUGCUAGAGAGGAAUUUCCAAAAAGUGCCAGUUGCUGACCGACAUUUUGUCGCAAUUUUCCAUUAGGGACAACGCCAAUCACUGCACAACAUCAAGAAUGGAUUCCGCGGACUCAACUGGUGGUAUGAUAGGGCUUGCAGCGCUUGCAGUCAUUGUAUUGUGCGCAAUAAUCUACUACUGCUGCUGCUACAGAUGUGGAUCAAACCGAGACAGAGUUCUCGACGACGUUAUUGAAAAUUCGUCGAUUAAUAAGGUGCCAAAAUACCAUCGAUUCGACGACGACAUCGAGAGCGGUUUUCGUGUUCCUACACUAAACCUCCACGGCUACCACAAGAAGGAGGCCCUAAAAGAAGUAGACAAGUUUAUAAAGCGAAAUGAAAAAAACGACGUGGACUAUGUACGCAUCAUCCCUGGAAGGGGCGUGCACAGCAAAGGCGGAGUCCCUGUGCUGAAGCCGGCCGUUGAGGCGCGUCUUGGCGAAAAGGGACUAUGGUAUUGGUGUUCAGAGAAUAACCCCGGUCUUAUCCACGUUGAUCUCUCUUAACAGGGACGAAACGACUGACAAGGAGACUUAGGUAGGUGUAAAUCCCCGAUUCAGUUCAAACUCGGCUAAGAAGCAAAUAUAUCGAGUUUAAACCGAAUCGUGAAUUUACACCUACCUAAGUCUCCUUGUGAGAUCUCGUGUACAACGGAUAAGCCCGUGGGCCCGCUUGCACGGUAAAAAGAACGUCUUGGAAUCCAAGCAGAUUCCUUGAAAAUUGUCUCGAAAACCAAGUAGAUUGCUUGAAAUACAAUAUGUCAAUUUUACUGUGUGGUUGGCUUGGCGGACGGUGUACUGAACGCACCCCGGCGGGCUCCAGGGGGUUCGCAACUACCUGACGUCGACGAGCCUUUGUGAGGCUAGAUGUUAGGCUGGCCGAGGGCGCCACCCAGCGCCGAUCUAAUCACAGCGCAGCGUGCGCCGUGCGGGUCCUCGAUUUACUUGACGGCUCUCUUCUCGGCUCUAUCUGAGCCUCUUCAUGUCGGCCGCGGAUGGUAAUCUGAACGGGACGGAUAUGAGAUCUCCACCAAUCCCUAUAUGCGCGUGCACAUUGUCACCGCGGAAUUAUUGGGUUAACCCAGAGUGUGUUAUGUACAGUGUAAUAAUAUAAUGUAAUAAAUACAUACUACAGCUA